GUGGACUAAUUUUUCGAAAAAAAAACCUUUUCCAUUUAAAAAAUGAACAAUCAUUAUCGCCGUAUGAAUCUUACCCUUUUACAUUUGGAUGAAAAACAAAAUAUCGUCACAAUAAUUCUGCAUUUAUUUAAAUUGCUUAACAUUCUUUACGCCGUUUAAAAAAAUAUAAAUAAAUAAAUUUAAAAAAUGAUUUGCCGAAGGCUCGAACUGUCGAACUUCGGUUUUCUAGAUGAGCAUGUUACCAUGUCACCAAUUGACAUCAUAAGAUUAAUUAUACGAAUGCAAUAUAUAAAUCGUGGCAAAUUUUUGGAAAUCAUUUAGUACGUUGUCUUGUACGGUACCUGUACGGUACCAGCACGAUCGUAGAAUUCACACGACGUACUGGUACGAUACAGUCUUUUUCGUGGAACUCGUACGCAGGGAUACGAAAUACCAUUUAGUAUGCCGUUCUAGUACCGUACGGUCUUUUCUGUGGAAAAAGUACCAGAACACACCUACAAUAAUAUUGCACAAUAUUUUUAUUGUGCAAUAAAAUAUUGAGUACUCCCUUUUGAAUUCACACGUUCAAUAAUAUGGACUCAAUAAAAUUGACGGCCAUUCCCAUCAAUAUUUUCAUGCGAGCAACGAGCAACAUGUCCGACGACGAAGUUUUGGCAGCGGCCACGCUGAAACUCUACUGCGUCGGACACGUAAUCCGUACGGACAAGUCACCGGAAUGCAGACGAGCUGCAGUGUUGGUAACGAAUUUAUUGAUUCAAGGACUGGGCAAAGAUGUCCUAACAGAUUUGGGGCAUGAUCUGGUGCCUUUGUAUCGAGCUCUCAAGUUGCUUCGCGACAACGACGACGAUCACGUGCUACGUUUACACGCUCAGCUUGCUCUCGAGGAGUUGGAUGACAUCGUCCGAUUACUAAUAUUCUCAGUCCCGAAGAAGUUCGAUAAACGAAUAUACCUUCCUCCUUAAUACCAUAUAUAAAUAAGUAGACGUUGUCGUUAUUCAUUUUAUUGUUUCUUUUUUUUACCACAAAUCGAUGAGCAAUCGUCGAUUCCUUUUUAAUGUUCUAAUAUGUCGAUGAUAAACUAUUUUUCUGUACACAAUUAAUAUAAAUUCGUUAGUAAUAUAAAUUUUUGAAAAUCGA